CACACAGCUGCGUCGAAUAAGAUACUCGCACCGCAGAGAAGACGGAUUAAACACUGCCGCUUUAUUACACUCAGUACAGGUGAAGCUUUUCUGCGAAGACGAUGCGCCGGUUGUUUCUGCGGUUAACAUGGGGCUCGAGCACCGCUAGCGAGCUAGCCUAUUUUGGCUAGCCAUCCCCCAAAGACGAGUGAAGCAGCCCCAAGCUGUCCCGAAGGAGGACAAAAUCCCGGGGGUUGAGACGAGCGCUAGCAUCGCUGUUUGCCAACUACAAAGUCAGCUAGCCGGGAAUAAGCACGGGAAUGGUGCUCUGGAUCGACUCACUGUACCGACAGAGAAAGGCGAGGGGCACACGGGUCAGACCACCGAGCUGUAAUAUUUGGACUCAAACUAUUUUUAACAGAGGGAGCUGCUCACGGGCGGACGACUGUUUUUGUGGCUGUGCGAGCUAGCUGGCUAGCUAACUGAGGGAAACGACCCCCCACCGCCUGCUCAGGUUUUUCAAACUGCAGCCAAGGCUAAUGUUAGCCAGGGCGACACACAACUCUGUGGUUUCGAUAAAACGAGGAUAAAUUGCAGUCAAAGCCAAGAAGAAAGCUAGCUAAUCACAAGGAGAGAACAACUCGAGUCAGUUCAGUCGAAACCGCAACUCGAGGCUUCUCGGACUCCCCCUUUUCUUUUUAAGCAAACACUGGCGAUCACGGCAAAGUUAUAAACGCUGUAAACUGAGUUUGCAACGUGACUAUCUUGAAUCUUUGUUUUCCAUUUUUUUUUAUUCGGGGAUUUUUCCACUUCGGAUGCUGGCAUCACAUAAUAGUUGCAAUCAUGAUGAUAAUAAGCAGAAAACCAGAGGGCCCAAUAGCAACAGCGCGGCACGGCGAUGGUCUAUAUGAUUCAUACAUGAGAACAGACCACAUCCUUAAAGACGAAGCAGAUACAAACAGUCCGUCUGGGCUGCCCCCCAUGCCCAAACACACAGUUGUCAGUAACAAGACUGUCAUGAGGGAUCAGGUAACUGUGCGUGGUAGCCAGCUGAAGGUCAAGUACCUGUAUGAAGACUCCAGCAACAACCGAAAGAUCAAUGCCAUAACCACAGCAACCACUCAGAACAGUGGGACCACUGGUCAGACACCCAGUAAACCUGCCCCGGUCUCCGGCCUGUCCAAGGAGCGUAGUGUCGACAGCACUGAAUCCAGUAAGGGCUCCAGUGAAUCCUCCGGCCCACAUGGAGGUGGGAACAGCGGGAAGCUUUGUGGUCCUCUCACCCCUGACCAGGCUCUAAGGCUGUACCGAUCUCAGCUGACCACCCUGGAGCAAACGGAGGUCCACUCCUACCCAGACAUCUACUUCGUGGGACCCAAUGCUAAGAAGAGGCCUGCUGUAGCUGGAGGCAACAACAACUGUGGUUAUGAUGAUGAGCAGGGCGGAUACAUUCAUGUCCCCCACGACCACCUGGCAUAUCGCUACGAGUUCCUCAAGAUUAUUGGUAAAGGUAGCUUUGGUCAGGUGGCUAAGGUAUAUGACCACAAACUGCAGCAGCACCUGGCUCUAAAAAUGGUGCGCAACGAGAAGCGCUUCCACCGGCAGGCGCAGGAAGAGAUCCGCAUCCUGGAGCACCUGCGCAAACAGGAUCGUAAUGGCACCAUGAAUGUUGUGCACAUGCUUGAAAACUUCACCUUCCGCAACCACAUCUGCAUGACCUUUGAGCUGCUGAGCAUGAACUUGUAUGAGCUUAUCAAGCGCAACAAGUUCCAGGGCUUCAGUCUGCCACUGGUCAGAAAGUUUGCACACUCCAUCCUGCAGUGCCUGGAGGCCCUAAGCAGACACAGAAUCAUCCACUGUGACCUCAAGCCAGAGAAUAUCCUGCUCAAGCAGCAGGGACGCAGCGGCAUCAAGGUGAUUGACUUUGGUUCCAGCUGUUUCGAACACCAGCGGGUGUACACCUACAUCCAGUCUCGUUUCUACCGAGCUCCAGAGGUGAUCCUUGGUUCACGUUACGGCCUUCCCAUUGAUAUGUGGAGCUUCGGCUGCAUUCUGGCUGAGCUGCUGACUGGCUACCCCCUGUUCCCCGGUGAGGACGAGGGUGACCAGCUGGCCUGUGUCAUGGAGCUGCUGGGCAUGCCUCCACAGAAGGUCUUGGAGCAGGCCAAACGGGCAAAGAACUUCAUCAACUCCAAGGGCCACCCUCGCUACUGUGGAGCCAACACCCUGCCCACGGGGGCCACCGUGCUGACAGGGUCUCGCUCUCGCCGUGGGAAGAUGAGAGGUCCUCCAGGUAGCAAGGAAUGGAGUGCAGCGCUCAAGGGCUGUGAGGACCCCACCUUUACUGACUUCAUAAAGAAGUGUUUGGACUGGGACCCCUCGUCUCGUCUCACCCCUAGCCAGGCCCUCAGACACCCUUGGCUGUAUCGGCGCCUACCCAAGCCCCUACCAGGGACUGAUAAGAGCCCAGGGGCCACGGUGAAACGGCUCCCUGAGCACCACAGCACCUCCUUCCCCUCUAUCCUGGCCAAAGGGGGGCCUGGCUUAGGCACCACAACUGCCAACAACAAACUGAGGAGCAACAUGAUGGGAGAUUCGGGGGAGGCCAUACCUCUUCGCACGGUCCUACCCAAACUUGUCUCUUAGAGAAAAAGAGAGAGAGAGAGAGAGAGUCCUGUAAUCUCCUCCCUCCUUCCACUUCUUCCUCCUCUGAACUCCUCAGGAGGAGUCGGAGUACAGGAGGAAGUGGAGCCUAGGUUUUAAAACUCGUUUGGUUGUUCUUUUAUUUGUUUUCUACUGAGAGGUGUCGACACCCCAGUUACUGGUUUUUAAUAUUAGCUGAACAGACAGAGAGAGAGACAAUAAAAGAAACACUCUAAAAAAAGUUUUUAUACUGAGGACUUUCUUGAGCGGCUGUGGAAUUUCUAUACACAGCCAUUGAUAAGGUUUGAUUUUAGAUAAUGCUUUUUAAAAACCUCCUCAUGUGAGUGGACAGGUUCGUAAACGAGCAAAUGUUUUUAACCUUUGUGUGUUCUCACGUGAGUGUUGUGUUCUUAGUAAAACACACUCAAGCACACCUGCACUGUCACUUGCCUCACUUCACACUCUUUCUUAACACUCAGAGGACGCCACCCUUUCUUGGGACGUGUUCGAGUGAAACUUGAAAAGGGCUACAGAGAUUACUCUUAUCAGGAUAGAGUUAGCAAGCAAAGAUAUGCUCAGCAGACAUAAUUUAAUAGGGAGAAAAGGAGUUAUGCUCGAGCGUUGGGCCCUGCACACACUUACAGUUAUCCCUCAUAUAUACAACAUAAAAGCCUUUACACAGGUAAAGAGGCAUUGGCAUUAUGUAGUGACAAAUUAUGAAAACAUUUUUUUAGCAUUAAGUCUUCACUUCUUUGUCUUUUCCAGUUGCGCUCUUUUUCUACCUUUCCUGACCCCUGGUGCUUGCAUGUCAGCUCAAUAUGUGACGUUAGUAUGUGUGUGUGCUUUAGCUUCCUGGUGCUACUGUGGGAGACAUUAAGAGGGCGUUGGACGACCUAUUUACACCCCCCUCUCCUCCUCCCAACUCCCCCAUUUCAGUCAGGGGGACAGUAGCUCCACUCAAACUGUCACAAAGGUGUCACCGUCACACUCGGUACUUCACAAAAUGGUUUGCGUGAGACUGUCGACUGAGCCUGGCUCACUUAAACUGACUAAUAUACGUAGAGAGAGAGAGGAGAGCUGCAAGUCAUUGUGCGCACACACACACACACACACACACACACACAGGUGUGGGUGGAAAGUUGGCUUUGGAAAGUAAAAGUUUGCAUGAAUGUCACCUGCUCAUGCCCCUAAUUGGCUGCUGUGAUUGUUGGCCGUGAUGUAUUAAUCCUAAUGGAAGAAUAGUGCAAGGUGAAAAGGAUCAUGGGAUAAAAUGAAGGGCGGUAUGUUUUAAUAUGAGCCAAGUUCUUUUUUUCCUUUCAGGGGGAGGUGUAGAAGAGUUGACAGGAUAGGCCAUUGACAAAAAGGAUCAUUUUUAUGGUACCGAAGAAAGAAGUGUUUCUCAGGGAGACAUACUUGAUACAUCCCUUAAUCUUAUAUGAACCGUGUUCCACUUACAGUCCCCUGCGCCGAGUUUGGAUGGACAUGCAUGCAGUUAUGUCCACUGAGGGCGAGAGAAUGCGUAUACGAGUGUCUCUGCAAAGGGGGUCUGCAUGCUCUGCAAUCUGACCUAGAUAAUCUCUCCUCCCCCACCAUCUCUGUCACUGUUUUUUUUUUUUUCACUGUCUCAUGUAGGGCAGGGAACCUCUUUAAACUCUCACACACAUAGUGAAUUAUGGUGCUGUCCAAACCGCACACACACAGAAAACACGUCAGGUGCAUGUUGUAUGGACCACACCGCUCAAACACUGCUUUCUCUCGUCCUGCAUUUCUGAAGUGAAAAUGUCAGGGUUUUUACUCUGUCUCCAUUUUUUUUUAAUAGAAGUGGUUUCUAUUGCUAAUCAGUCCAGAAUAUCAGAGGAUGUAAAAUGCAGAAGCAGAAAAAGAGAAAGUUGUAUACUGUCAUGUUGUACUAUUGGUGUGCGUUAGUAGGAGGGUGUUUGGUGUUCCAGCAUGAAAUCACAACUUGUUAUCAGACUGAGUGACUAUGAGAAGAGAAACUGUACAGUAACCAAAUGAAAUUGUGAUAGUUUCUUUUUCUAAAGAAAAUAAAAAUGAUUAUUAA